AGGAGGGUCCUGCGAGCUCCCCGGCUCUUUUAGUGUCGCUUUCCAAAUCCCCUCAGAUGAGGGAACGCCCGUCGAGGAGCAGGAUUCCGACUCCGAUCAAGAGAAACCCAACAAGCACCGAGCGAGGCACGCCAGGCUCAGGCGCAGCGAGAGUCUGUCCGAGAAGCAGGUGAAGGAGGCCAAGUCCAAAUGUAAGCGGAUCGCCCUCCUCCUCAGCGCCGCGCAGCCCAACCCCAACAACAAGGGCCUGUUGAUGUUCAAGAAGCACCGGCAGAGGGCCAAGAAGUACACCUUGGUGAGCUACGGCACCGGAGAGGACGACCGGGACGACAGCGCCGAAGAGGACGGAGACAACGCCCAGUCGGGGAUCCAUGUUGUUGAGUUCACGCUCGCCGAUCAAGACCGGUCGGAUUUAGAGAAGCAUUUCCUCACGGAUGCCCGCGCUGGCGAAGGCGUGCUGACGAUCUGCUUGGAUAAAAGCCUCCUUGACGUUGAGCUGAAGCAAACUCCCAUGGAGUGUUUGCCAGAAACCAAGGGCAAAGGCGCCCUCAUGUUCGCCCAGAGGCGCCAGCGGAUGGAUGAGAUUGCGGCCGAGCACGAAGAGCUCCGGCGCCAAGGGAUCCCCGUGGAAGGGGAACAGAAAGUGGAAGCAGGUCCGGCGCAGCCCACCGUGGAGGCCCACGCGUACAUGGAUCUGAACCGGCACCGGCAGCAGCAGUACCAACAGUAUCAGCAGCAGCAGUUUGAGCAACAGCAACUGUACCACCAAGACCAGCAUGUUCAGUUUACUGGAAAUAGGUCGGUGAAACCGCAAAGCCACGAGGCGCAGAGUUCUUCCGGCAAUCGCACCGCCAAGCCCUUUUCCGUACAAAACAUGCCAGCGGCCCCUUACUCUCCUGUAACAAGCGGGACUCAUCAAUAUUCCACGGGCCAAGGAGAGCACAUCGCUUCCCGCGAUGAGCGCAUUUCCACGCCGGCGAUCCGGUCGGGGAUUCUGGAUUCUAAGAGGAGGAAUGUCGGCAAGCCCAUGUUCACGUUUAAAGAGGCGCCAAAGAUGUCACCUAAUCCUGAGUUGCUGAACCUCCUGAACAUGAGUUACAAGAAGAUGGGUUUUGAGUCAGGACCAGAGGAAGACUACCUCAGCCUUGGCGCUGAGGCUUGUAAUUUCCUUCAGUCGCCCGGGUCGAAGCACAAGACUCCUCCGCCGGUGGCCCCAAAGCCCGUGAUGGAUCCCAGCACUCCCCCCUGGUCUCCGCAGAUGGAAGGAACCAACCACGACAUGCCUCAGCAUGCUGAAAAUAGUGCAGCCACACCUGCUGUAGCCCCCACCGGAGAGAGAACCCCUUCAAAUGACCAAGACCUAAUCUCUACUGUGCCUGCCCCUGGACCCUCUCCACCACAAGCCCAGUUGGAACCCCCUACUGGCACAGAGCAACAACAAACGUGGCCUCCUUCUGCACCCGAAACCCAACAACAGCAACUUGCUUUCCAAGAGGGAAACGGUCAUGCCAGCUCUUCACCACAGCCCGAGGGGAGUGCUGGAAGAAUUUGGGAUACUGCACAAGUACCCCAGCAGCAAUCUACAAUUUCCCGUUAUCCGCAGCCACAGGAACCACCCAUAAGUCAACCCUCUCCACAGUGGGUGGCACCUCAACCAGCUCACAAUCAAGGCCGGCCGCAGCCCCCUGCCGAUACUUGGACACCCCAAAUUCCGACCUCCUGGGAUCAAGCAAAGCAAGCAGAAUCGCACGCUCCACCGUCCUGGUGUCAACCCCAAGAUCCACCGCAGUCUCAAACACCGCCGAACUGGGGGCACACUCCAGAGGCACAAGUGCAACAAAUGCCACCAAACUGGUGUCGACCACAAGAACCGAUACUGCAGCAGCACUCGCAGGUUUCCUGUGCCCAGGCUCCUCAAGUAGACUCUAAACCGAUAUGGGGGCUUGCCAAAUCCCAAGAUCAUUGGGUUCAACCAGAAUCCCAACCACAACCGGGAUGGGGUCCACAAGCACAGCAAAAAGUCUGGCCACAGAUCCAAGCACCUGCUCAAUCUCAAGCACAACCUCCAAUUAAUACCUGCCCCCCGUCACAACCUUCUUGGACCCAGUCACCCCAGGCACAACCACAGACACUGCCUGCCGCCGGUUUGAAUCCUUGGGGGCAGGUUCCCGCUCAGCCUGAGCCACAGGCAUCUUGGCCCCAGCAACCUGCAGAACAGGUCCAGUUUCCCACUAGUUCCUGGGGGUCCCAGCAGCUGGUGCAACAUCAGCCGUCCUGGGUCCAGUCCAAUCAUCCGCAGCCACAGCCAUCCUGGCAACAAGAACCUUGGAAUAGAGCGCCGCAACCUUCGAUGAAUGCCUGGCCGCCGGCUCAGUCUCAAACCCCUGACAGUUCCUGGGCACCACAGUCCCAACAAACACCUCCCACCAAUGCUCCACCUUUGCCCAAACCUUGGCAUACCCAUCAAAGUCAGGACCCGCAGAGAAUUAAAAACUUCACCUCUGGUCAGAGAGUUUCACCACUUGUCAACCCCUUGGCCACCGUCUUGAACCCGUCAACCACCGGUUCGGCAUAUGAGAUGCCGGCUGUCCGAGGGAAAGGAGCCGACAUGUUUGCCAAGAGGCAGUCGCGCAUGGAGAAGUACGUGGUGGACUCAGAGACCGUGCAGGCCAACAUGGCGAGUCGAUCCGCAUCGCCAUCUGCCUCCUUACCAAACGAGUGGAAGUACACACCCAACGAAACUGGCAGACGCUACUCUCUGUCCCCUCCAGGUAGGGUGUCGUCUCCAGGCCGCCAGUCGCCCUCCUCCUCCAGGGAUCCGGUAUCCAGGCAGACCUCGUGGCUGGAGAAGGCCCCCAAAGCCCUUACGCCCUGGGAGGCCGCGUCGCGCCACCCCCUGGGGCUGGUGGAUGAAGCUUUCGCCGUCCAGGACUUAGAGCAGAACUUGGCCUCCAGCGUCCGCCUGGCGGCCCAGCGUAAGCUGGUCCCUGAGCCGCCUGCCCAGUGGACGGCCCGAGCGUGUCCGGAGAAGGCGGGCGCCCGUUGGCGUCGGGCUCCCUGUCGAGGGGGCGUCCCCAGCGGUGGUGGGCGUGUCGGUUAUGGGUCCCUGCCCAGGCAGUGGCAGUCUACGAGGUCUGUGACCCACACGGGGGCCCCGUCUGAGGGUAAAAGGCCCCCAGUGGGACUGCGCAGGUCUCUGUACUGGCAGCAGUGAGCAGCAACGACUUCAGAAACUUUGCAUGCCGUAAAAUAUAUAAUCAUCACGUACCUUAUCCGUGUGCGCCCCCCUCCCACCCACCCCCCCUUUUUUUUUUCACCACUUUUGCAUCCGUUUCACGUCAUUUUUUUGCAGUGGUAGUUUCAAUACAGCAUGCUUAUUACUAUACCCUCCUUCCAUAUUUCCAAAAUAAAGUCAGUAUAGCACCAAAUGCUUUUUCAUCUACUUGUUCGCCAAAGCACUUUUUCCCAACCCCCUCCUGUCCGGUGACAGCUGGGAUUGGCUCCAGCACUCCUGCGAGCCUCGUGAGGAUAAGCGUCUUAGAUAAUGGUUGGUUGGUUGAAAUGUGCAAGAUACAAGCGGGCGAAAUGAGUUUCCUCCGCGGGGUGUCCGGGCUCUCCCUUAGGGAUAGGGUGAGAAGCUCGGUCAUCCGGGAGGGGCUCAGUGUCGAGCCGCUACUCCUCCGCAUCGAGAGGAGCCAGAUGAGGCGGCUGGGGCAUCUGAUUCGGACGCCUCCCUGGUGAGGUGUUCCGGGCACGUCCCACCGGAAAGAGACCCCGAGGACGACCCAGGACACGCCACUCUCGGCCGGCUUGGGAACGCCUCGGGAUCCCUCCGGAAGAGCUGGAAGAAGUGGCUGGGGAAAGGGAAGUCUGGGUAUCCCCGCUGAAGCGACCUCCCUCGCCACCCGACCUGGAAAAGCGGUAGAUAAUGGAUGGAUGGAUAGCAGAAAAUAAUUUGUGUUUCCUCUUUUCCUGCGAGGUCUCUAGCUAACGCUAGCCACACCGGUUUUUAAACCUGUUACGAGGCCAUUAAGUCCAACUAAAGAACGGUAAAGGUUGGGAAACAAUUUCAUCGUUACACCACGAGUUGCAGUUCCCGAAAGAAUCGCCCUCCUACUGUAGCAACCAAGCGAUGGUGCCGCUCUAAAUUUAGACCCCGCCGUCAUUUGUUCGCAACAUACCAACGGCAACGUACCGACACCCACCGACCCACCCGCGCGCUCAUUCGGUCACUCCGUCAGGUCUGGGCCGCAGACCCCCGGGAACCUCCCCUUGGUCCCCACUCAGCUCGAACCGUCCACCUGCGCCGCCAGGUUCCUUCAGACCAGGUAAGCGACCGUACCGCACGGAUUCACUCCGUACAUUUUCCCGUCAAUCGAAUGGCUCGGCUUCACGGCCCAAAUAGACACGGAGAAAAGUAUUUGAACACCAGGCCGUUCCAAGCAAAACGCGCCAAUUGAAGAGUCGUUUGCAGUCUCCCCCCGUGUAUCGAUUGACCGCUUCUCCGUGUUUGACGAGCUUGCGCUUUAACGCCGCGAGGUUAUUUCAAGAGAUGUGCUAACUUCGCCAUUUUCUACGCUCGGAUAAGUUAUCGAGGUCAUAGCAUCGUGUUGUCGUCAAUUCCCAGGGUCAGCCAUGUCACUUUUCGCCACCGUGACGACCGGGGAGAGGAAACGCCAGGCCGCGGCAAUCUGCGGGGAGAUUCAAGAUGCGGAAGCGCGAGUUGCUGAAGUCCGCACCCGAUGCUGACCGUUCAAACUCCCGAGAACAACUGAAAUGCGGAGGUGGACCUGGGCAAGAAACUGAGCGUGCCC